UUAUGUAAACCAUAUAAUAGUAUUCAUCUGAGAUAUAUUUGGUUGGAUGGCAACGGCCGUGAUUUGAGGACCAAAACAAUUCGGGUAACAAUUGAACCCAAGACACUACAGGAGGUGCCCUAUUGUGCAUAUUGUGGUCAAACAUGCGGACACAUGAAAUUGACAGCUAAUUCUGACUGUUGGCUAAAACCAGUGCUUUUAUGUAGCGAUCCUUUUAGAGGCGACAAUAAUAAACUGAUAUUUUGUGCGCCAAUUAAAUAUCAAAUUGAAGCUUCAAUAAACCGUCAUUCGUGCGAUAAAAUUGUCAAUCAAUUAAGUGAAUCACAACAAAGUGUGUCUCAAUUUAUCGUAAAACAGCCUUAUUUUCUGGUCGAUAAAUUAACCAAACGUGCCAUUGGAUGGCCAUUUGACACGUUUGAUGAGCUAAAUGUCAGUGCAAACUAUGCGGUAGGAGCUAACCGUGCCGUCGGUCGGGACAUUGAUGAAGCAUUUUAUAGAGCCAGUCUUUAUGCUGGACUACCCAUAAGUGCUUCAAAUGUGGAGGACUUGCCGUCGAUGUGGAGUUUUGAGUUGGGACCCACUCCCGGCACCAACAUUGGUGACCAGUUAUGGAUGGCUCGCUAUUUAUUGCAAUAUAUUGGCGAACAGUUUGGUUUUGUCAUAUCUUUUGAGCCGUUAAGACAUAUUCAAAGUAAACAUCAAUUUAUUCAGUUGUGGACUACAGAGAAAUGCUGUGAAAAGCAAUUGUUUGCUAUGAAUAGUGACCCAUAUAUUGCUAUAAAAGAGAUAUGUUUAGCAAAGUUGUCAUAA